AUUUCUCGUUUUAAUUUUGUUUCCCUUCCAAAGAGCGGCAUGGGCUAACUAAAUUUCAGAGGGAGGAAGACUUUUAAAAGAAUAGCCUUAAGAAAGAACUUCCUUUUUAGUAAUAAUUACUUCAGUUCGGACCAAGACAGAAAAGACUGAGAGAUUCGCAAAGCUGAGCCCAUGCACCUACGCACGCUUUGUGUUAGUUUGCUUACAAGUGCCAGUUAAACGAAGACCAACCAUCAGCCAGUAAUCUAUGACGUCUUACUGACUUGCUACAAUCUGUUCACAAGGAAUUGUCUGACUUGAACAGACCAGAACCAGUUGUGGUGAGGCAACCAAAGCAAUCACACGGUUUCUGUUGAUGGUGCAAACGGUUAUUCUCCACUCGGAGUACCUACCAAAAAUGGAACUAAGCUUUCUCAUCCUUCUUAAUCUAGCCACACUUUGGGGUGUGUAUGCGCAAAAACAUUCCCGAUGUUUGGAAGGAAGCUGCUACCCUGCAACAGGUGAUUUACUUAUAGGCCGAGAGAAGAAUCUUUAUGCAUCAUCAACCUGUGGUCUUAAACUACGAGAACAUUACUGUAUUGUCAGUCAUUUAAAAGAUGUUAAAAAAUGUUUUAAUUGUGAUUCAAGGCAGCCCUUUUCGCCACAUCAACAAACUCAACCACUUAAUCACCGGAUACAAAACAUAGUGUAUUCAUUUGGCCGGCGUAAAAGAGGACGAUGGUGGCAGGCUGAAAAUGGUAAGGAAGAUGUCUAUAUUCAGCUAGAUUUGGAAGCAGAGUUCCAAUUCACUCAUUUGAUUAUGAGAUUCAAAACAUUCCGUCCUGCUGCAAUGUUGGUGGAAAGGUCAUAUGAUUUUGGUAAGACAUGGAAGGUUUAUCGUUACUUUGCUGAAAACUGUGCUCAGUCUUUCCCUGGAGUUCCAACUGGACCCAUCAGACGACUUGAUCAAGUAAUUUGUGAAUCAAAAUAUUCAGAUGCUGCACCAUCUACACGAGGAGAGGUAGUCUUUCAAGUUUUGCCCACAUCUAUUAGUAUUGGUAACCCAUACAGCUCAGAAGUACAGGAUCUCUUGAAACUUACCAAUCUAAGGAUAAACUUCACUAAGUUGCACACACUUGGUGAUGUAUUACUUCAUGACAAAGGAGAUACAAAAAAGAAAUACUACUAUGCUAUGUAUGACAUGACUGUCCGAGGAAGUUGUUCUUGCUAUGGCCAUUCGUCUCAUUGUUCUCCUAUUUCUGUCAACUCUGAUGCUGUUGGAAUAACUGCCAGAGAUAUGGUUCAUGGUAAAUGUAAUUGUACACACAAGACAACAGGUUACAACUGUGAAAGAUGUGAAGACUUCUAUAAUGAUCUUCCAUGGAGACCUGCCAGAGAAAAGCAACCAAAUGCAUGUCGGAAAUGUAAUUGUAACAAUCAUGCAACAAAAUGUCAUUUUGAUCCUGCUGUUUAUGAAUUGACUGGCCGUGUCAGUGGAGGAGUCUGUGAUAACUGUACACACAAUACCAUGGGCCGUAAUUGCCAGUUUUGCAAACCAUUUUUCUACAAAGACCCCAGCAGAGCUGUCACUGAUUAUGAUGUUUGUCGACAGUGUGAUUGUGAUCCAACUGGAUCUGAGAAAGGUGGUGAGUGUCAUGGUUACACCAGUUCUGAUGGACGUUACCAAGCUGGAAAAUGUGAUUGUAAGCGCCAUGUGGCAGGAAAUCGAUGUGACACGUGUGCUAAUGGUUUCUGGAAUCUGAAUAAAGACAACCCAUUUGGGUGUGAAGCUUGUGUGUGCAAUGCUGUUGGUACAAGUCCUGGGAACAGCUGUGACAAGACUACAGGAAAUUGUCUCUGCAAACGUUAUGUCACAGGACAGCAGUGUGACCAAUGUUUCCCUGGAUACUGGGGCUUAAGCAACGAUAUAAAUGGAUGCAAACCCUGUGAUUGUGAUAUUGGUGGUGCCUAUAGUGAGACUUGUGACCAAUCAACUGGUCAGUGCAAAUGUCGUCCUAACAUCUAUGGCAGGAAGUGUGAUCGACCAGUGCCUCUUUACUUCACUCCGUCCCUUGAUAUUUUGCGGUUCGAAGCUGAAUUUAGCCAUGGUUUAGGGAAUGCUCAUGUUGUGAUCAGGGAACCAGAUCCGGAUCAACCUAUCAGCUUCACUGGAUCAGGUUUUAUGAAAAUCUUGGAAGGUGAUACCAUUGACUUUACUAUCACCAAUUUGACCGCUUCCAUGGACUAUGAUAUUGUCAUUCGAUACAGCCCAUUGAUGCCAGAGAUGUGGGAGGAUAUCCGUGUUGUGAUUGACCGACCUGGGCCAGUAAAUCAGUCAGGUCCUUGUGCCAAUACUCAUCCCCAAAAUGACUACAAGUCAACAACAUUGGCUCCAGAUUCACACUAUACUGUUGUCCGGCCUCCAUCAUGUCUUGAGAAAGGAGUUACCUACACUCUCAAGUUGAUAUUCAACCGUUAUAGGAGUGGAAGACCAACACCUCGUGCAUCUGCUCUUAUUGAUUCAGUGGUGCUCAUUCCCAGCACAAAGAGCAUUCCCAUUUUCCAAGGACCUCGGCUACCUUCUUAUUUGAAGAAUGAAUAUAUUCGGUACCGUUGUGCUGAAACUCAAUAUCCUGCAGUUCAACCUGAAAUUCCAGAUAUCUGUAAAUCACUGUUCUUCAGUAUUUCAUCAGUUUUACAUCUUCAGGCUAUAAAAUGUGACUGUGAUCUUACUGGAUCGAAAACUGCCGAAUGUGAUGACCUUGGUGGUCAUUGUCACUGUAAAGAAAACGUUGUUGGUCGUAGAUGUGAUCAAUGCGCCCCUGGAACCUACAACUUCGGACCCGACGGUUGCUCACCCUGUAACUGUGAUCCUCAAGGGUCAAGGAACAACUUUUGUAACCCUCAGUCAGGUCAUUGUUUAUGUGCACCAAAUGUUGAAGGCCGCACUUGUGACAGAUGCAUUGAAGGUCACUGGAACUUCCCUAACUGUCGAAAAUGCCAAUGUAAUGGUAUGGCAGAGACUUGUAAUAAUGAUGAUGGCCACUGCAUUAACUGCCGAGAGUUUACCACUGGACAAUAUUGUGAGAGAUGUCGCGAUGGCUACUAUCAAGAUCCUCGUGUAACCGGACGUAUUGCUUGCCAACCAUGUUAUUGUCCAAAUGGUCCUCAAGACAGCAACCAGCGUGCUGAUAGUUGCUCUUUUGAUCUUCAGAAACAAUCUGUGGUCUGUUAUUGUCACAAAGGAUAUGCAGGUCUCAAUUGUGACACUUGUGCUCCAAAUUAUUUUGGCUCUGCUGAUCUUGGAACUUGUAAGUCUUGUGAUUGCAAUGGUAACAUUGACCAUAGGAUCCCUGACAGCUGUGACACACGGACCGGAGAAUGUCUUAAGUGUCAUUUCCACACCACUGGUUUCAACUGCGAACACUGCGAAGCAAAUUUCUUUGGAGAUGCAACUCGACAGAAUUGUCAAGACUGUGUCUGUAAUUAUCUUGGUACCAACUCCUCAAGUGGUCUUUGUGACAGAGUUUCUGGCCAGUGUCACUGUCAUCCCAAUGUUGUUGGAAGAGAAUGUGAUCAGUGUGCUGAGAACCACUGGAACAUUGCUAGUGGAGAUGGCUGUGAACCUUGUGACUGUGAUCCUAUGGGUUCAUUUUUCCAGCAAUGUAAUCAGAUUGAUGGUCAGUGUCAAUGUAAAACUGGUCGAGGUGGACGUACAUGUAGUGACUGUGAAGAUUAUUACUGGGGAGAUCCUGCCGUCCAGUGCUUCCCUUGCAAUUGUAGCCGAGAGGGUUCAAUCUCAACACAGUGCAAUCGUCGAACUGGUCAGUGUACUUGCAUUCCUGGUGUCACUGGUCACAAUUGUGACAAAUGUGCCCGUGGAACUAUUGGAAAACUACCUAACUGUAAAUCAUGUGGUGAAUGUUUUGAUAAUUGGGAUAGAGUUGUACGUGAUCUUAGUGAUCGCACUCAUGAGAUGGUUAACAAGGUCAAGAAUAUCACCAUUACUGGUGCUGCGGGGGCUUUCGAAAAGGAAUUCCGUGCAAUGCGAGAGAACUUGGAUGAAGUUAGGCAGAUUAUAAGUGAUGUUGGUGGUUCAUCAGAGACUGUUGCUGAAUUAGACAAAAUGCUUGAAACAAUCAAGAAGAAUUUGAGUGUCAAUAACAGAUUAGUUGAUGAUGCUGAAAAUAAAUUACUUGACACCUCUAACACCAUAUUGAAUUACAAGAACAAAUUGAUAGCUUUGCAACUAGACAUAAAAGAUUUACGAGACAAAGCUAACAAAUUGAAUGAUAGUGCUCAGACAAUUAAAGAAAAUGAUUAUGAAGGAGCCUACAACAUAACAUUAGAGGCAAAGCAGAUGUCUGAUAAAGCUGAUCAAAUUGUCCGUAGAGCCAUGGAUACUGUAAGAACUUCUGAAGUGAAUCGUAAUUCAGUUGAAAGAGAGAUUGCUCAAGUAGAAAAUACAUUUCGGUCUCAGCUCAAUGUGGAGAAACGCAAGCUGGAUACUCUUGACCAAAAUGUCAGUGAUCUUGAUCAAAAAUUGAUGGAUAUCAAUGAAAAUGUCUGUGGCAAAAGAGGAGACCCUUGUGAUGCUCUGUGUGGUGGUGGUGGUUGUGACAAAUGUGGAGGUUUUGGUUGUAAUGGAGCUACAACAAAAGCAGAGAAUGCAUUGGAACUUGCUGAAAAGGCUAAAAAAAAUCUACAAGAGAGAAGUUCAAAGAUACCAAGUAUUGUUAAUAAGCUGGAUAAUAUUAAAGACAAGACAAUGGAUGUGAAGAAAGAUGUUGAAACUCUUUAUAAUGCUUCUGUAAAUGCUAUGAACCAGUCCUCAAAUGCUCGUGAUGACCUUGAAAAAAUGCUGACGGACAUAAGUGACUUGUUAAACACUGACAAAGCAAAACUUGACGAAGUCAAGAAGUUGGCAGAAGAUACAUUAAAUAUGAAAAUCUCUUUGAAACCUGAGGAAAUUCGAAAACUGUCUACAAAAAUUAACAAGACAGUAAAUGGACUGAAAAAUAUUGAUGAUAUCCUGAACGCUACAGAGAAAAAUUUAGCUAUAACAAAGGAACUGAAAAAUAAGGCUGAUGCAGCAUCCACAAGGGCUGAGGAUGUCUUAGGAACAGCAAAUAAAGUCUUGGAUGCCUUGAAAGAGGCCAAUGCCUCACAGGUUGAUGCACAUGCAGCUAUUGAAAAGGCUGAAGAUGACAUCAAAGCAUUACGGAAGAUAUUACGUACAAUUGAGCAGUCUAUGUCGGACUCUGAAAACAAGGCUCGACCAGCUUUAGAUACUCUCAGAAACCUUAUCAAUUCACUCCAAGACCUGAAAAAUAAACAUUUCCAAAACACCAGGAAUAAAGAACGUGCUGAUACAAUGUCCAAGAAAGCUAUGGAGACUGUAAAGAAAGCUGAGAAACUUGCCAAUACACUGGAGAAUAAGUACAAUCGUACAUCAGACACUCUGAAAAUGAAGUAUAAUGCUACAUUUGCUAUAAAGAAACGGGCUAUUGAAUUGCAAGUGCGAACAAGUAAAUUAGCUGUCUCUGUUACAAAGAAGAACAGUGAACUCCUUUCUUUGAUGCGCAGCUUCAAACAGCGCAAUGAAACAGUAACUAAUCUUUCUGAAGAUAUUAGUGAAUUGAAUAGAAAGAUAGAAAAAUACUUGAAGGAAAUCAAAAUUCGCGCUGAACAUUAUGUUACUUGUCAGCCUCAAUAGAAGCAAGGAUGCAACAUAGAAAUAAUCCUGACUUGUUUCCCCUCAGCCCAUCUCUCUCUCUCUUUUUUUGUCUUUUUCCUCAACAAAAGAAAAAAGAACAAACCACCAUUGUGUCAUUUCCAGUCCAUCAACCACACUGCCAGUAUGUUGCUUUUGACAAUGAAUAACUAACUGACUGAAUCUGUCUACAUCUAAAAUACUAAUGGUGGUCCAAUAGCCUGUGUGGGAGGGAAAGCAGACCCUAACCAACAAACCAACAAAAUCAAAAAAUGCUAUACUUGUUGCCUUUUGGGCCUCUUUGUUUCAGAAGGAACUUUGAGAAAUAGAUUUAUAGCAUUCUUAAAUGUCCAUUUCAUUACAAUUUUUUUUUCUCAUGACAAUAUUUUUUAUAUUUUUACGUUUUGUAAUUUUUUCUUAGUAAGUGUGGGGUGGGUGGGUAUUUUAUCUCUCCUUUUUUUUAAUCUUAUAUAUAUAAUAUAUUUUUUUUUUAAUUCAACUCUUUAAAUACUUUUAUAUUCAAAGGCGGACCAUACAUGAAAUAUAUUCUUGAACAAAUCAAAAAUAAAACUUAAAUAUAAAAAAAAAAAAUAAUAAAUCUUGAAUAAAAAGACAAGCUCUUCUUUUCAUGAAAUCAUUUUGUCUAUAUUAAAACGUGGUUGCCAUUUUCAUUACUAUAUGUAAUGUUAAUAUUUAAUUGUUAAACUAACCAUCUUUAUGAUUUUGUCUUGUUGCAUGUAAUUCUACCAAGUUUCUUCUCUUUUAUAUUCAUUUUUUAAUGAUAAAACAUUAGUAUUUUCUCAUUAAAAGAAAAUCAAAUUUAACUAAGGUGAAAUGCCUUUUUUUAAACAAUUCCUAAAUUUCUUUUUUCUUUCAUUUUUUUUUAAAAGUAGUCUGUCUAUUGAGUUUCAUUCAUUAUAGUACUUAUAGCUUUGAUAUUGAUCUUAGUUUGGUAUAUUUUCAAUUUUGAUACCUUUUUUUUAAUGAAUAAAAUACAUUUAGAAUGCCUCUUGAUACAACAAAAGGUCCACGUACAUACAUGCAUACAUAAAAAUGUGUAUACCAUUAUGGUAUAUAUUAAUGAAUAUAUGUAUAUGUGUGUGUAUAUAUAUAUAUGAAUAUAUAUAUGCACGUAUGUUUAUAUACAUAUAUAUACAAAUAUAUAUUAUAUACAUGUAUAUUUGUAUACAUACACACACACACACACACACAUUUAUAUACAUAUAUACACACAAAUAUAAGAUAUACAUGCAUAUAUAUAGAUAUACUUGUGUGUAUAUAUCUAUGAGUGUAUAUUUGUAUACACACACACACACACACACACACACAUAUAUAUACAUAUAUAUAUAUAUAUAUAUAUACAUACAUACAUAUAUAUAUAUAUAUAUAUAUGUGUGUGUGUGUGUGUAUGUGUCUAUGAGUGUUUGUGUGUGCAUAUAUAUAUGUGUGUGUGUACAUCUAUAUAAAUCAUACAUUAAGAUGUAACUCUAAUCAAGUGAAAGCUGAUCUGCUUGAAGGUUCCCUUGGUUUUGAAUUGCCAAAAGCUUGAUUUCAAAGGAAACCUGAGAGCAGUUUAAUUUUAUUAUUUUAUACUUUGUGUCUUAUUGCCAAAUGUGAAAAUUAAAUCAGUAGAAUAUGAAGAUUCCAAGGAAGAUUCUUUUGCCUGGAUAAGAAAUAUUAAAUGUUUUUAAUUAAAAUAAAAAUUCAGUUCUUCCAGAGCCAUUUUGUAGUUGUAAGUGUACUUUCAAACUUUGAAAAGUUUAAAGAAUCUUCAGCUAGACAGUUAAGCUAAAGAAUUCCAAGUAGCUACUUGGCAAAAUCUUUGCAUCUUUUUUUUGAAGAUGUUGCAUAAAUAGUAAUUAUUUUAUUUUUGUUGAUAAUUGAUUUUCUCUAUUUGUGGGGAUAUGUAGCUGUAGAUUAACUUGAUUUCAUGGAUUGUUUGCAUAAUCUUUUACUUUAAUCCAAUUCAACAGCCAUAUUUCUUAUAUGCUCAUGCCUUGACCAGGAUUGAUCUUAGAACUUUUACUUCGAAUGUAGGUCUUGUGGGAUUGUCAUAUACUGAGCAGGUAAUAGCAUUAAUAUGAGAAAUAAGAGCUGAGUGUUUAAUCCUAUUCAAAGUAUAAAAAUGUGUAUAUGAAGAAAUAUGACAUUUUAAGAUUAUUGGAGAAUAGAUCAGCAGAAAUGUAACAGCACAAUAGAUGAGGCUUAAUAAUCUAGGAAAAAAAGAAAAAAGCUACUAACAUUGUAAAAAUCUCAUUGGGGAAAAAUAAGUAGAUCAUUACAUUUUGCAAUAUUUUUGACAUCAUUAUGUUUGAUCUAAAGUCAAAGUCAUUUUUGUGAAGCAAUUAUUAUGUUUAGCUAUUUUAGAUUUCAUGAAGCUUUUCAUACUUGAAGACACUUAGAUAUUCUAUGAGAAGCUUUGAAAUAUAGAUAUUUCUGGCCGAAUCAGCCAAAAUGACAUCAAAUUUUAAAAUUACUCUCAGUUGGGAUCUCUGAAUCUCUCAGUUGCUAAGAACCAAUUUAUCAGCCUGAAGAUUUUAAUAUAGAUAUUUUCUAUAAAAGCAUACACAUGCCUGGAAUUGCUAAUGGUAAUAAUGGCAUGGCUACAAAGAAGGAAAAAAAAAAAUUCUGAAUGCUUUGAAUCCUUUAAGCUGCUUUCUAUGUACUUCUCUUGUCCAUGACAUUAAAAUCGUAAAUUAUCGUGUGAAAAUGAAUUUGCUAAACGAUACACAUAAAGAAUAAAACAAACAAAAACACUGAAGUUUUGGUCGCUUUUGUCAAACAAUUUUCUGUCAAAUUUAUGGCAAUAUAUAGCAAUAUUGAUUUGAUUUCUAGAAUACUUGCUAUUACUACCAUAGAUGUUGAGAGGGAAUUCUGUUUCUGUUGAAUAAAAAAAAAAAGGAAAAAUUUUUAGCUUUUAUUGUUGAAAUUUGUUUCGACAAAAACAAACCAAUAAAAAUUAAUGAUUUACAAAUACUAUUAAUUCUAAUAUGUAAUUUUAAACUUAAUAAACUAAUGAGAAAAUU